CCAGCAGCUGUUCAUGGAAACGUCGUGGUCCAACCUUGUGAGAGGAAGUGACUGUAGAUUAUAUGGCGGCGCAAUAAAAGCAGAGAGAUCACUUGUAUCUAAUAAGGUUGUUUAGUUAUUUGCAGUGUUUGACAGAACCAGUACAAUGGCUGCUAUCCGAAAGAAGCUGGUGGUGGUUGGGGACGGCGCAUGCGGUAAGACCUGUCUCCUGAUCGUGUUCAGCAAGGACGAGUUCCCGGAGGUGUACGUCCCUACAGUGUUUGAGAACUAUGUGGCGGACAUCGAGGUGGACAGCAAGCAAGUGGAGCUGGCGCUGUGGGACACGGCCGGACAGGAGGAUUACGACCGGCUCCGACCGCUUUCCUAUCCGGACACGGACGUCAUACUAAUGUGCUUCUCUGUGGACAGCCCUGACUCGUUAGAGAACAUCCCUGAGAAGUGGGUUCCCGAGGUCAAACACUUCUGCCCUAACGUGCCAAUCAUACUGGUGGCCAACAAGAAGGACUUGCGCAACGAUGAAAACGUGCGCAAUGAGCUAGCGCGCAUGAAGCAGGAGCCGGUGAAGGGCGAGGACGGGCGCGCCAUGGCUGUGCGCAUCGGUGCCUACGACUAUCUGGAGUGUUCAGCUAAGACUAAAGAAGGCGUUCGGGAGGUGUUUGAGACCGCCACCCGCGCCGCGCUACAGAAGAGGACGAGACCCUCUCCGGGCUGUGGUCAGUGCUGCAAACUGCUCUGAACAAGCUUCAAAUGAACUCUUCUGAAAACACCAAGAAAUCACGACGUGUCCUGCUCCGUCGCUGCACAAACGCGCACGCAGGGCAGCAGCUGUUGAUGUAAAAUGGGCGCGUCUCCUUUUUGUGUAGUAUUGAGUUCUUCUGAAGCCCGUUGAGAGGGAGAGGGGACACUGAAAUACUCCCUUGGUCGUUGCAUUAUGGGAUCGGACGACUAGGGUUGAAUGGCAAACCUAUUAGUCUACUACAAGUCCGACAUUGGGGUUUACAGAUAUGACUUGCCUUCCUAAACACUUAUAGGGUCACAAUUUGACGCCUGGGGUUAUCCUGCUUCCAGCCAUGACUAGAGAGAGACAGAAAUAUGUUUCUUACAAGGAAACGGUUGCCACGCAGUCCUGCAAAAUCUUGAAGAAAUGCAUGAGGCUGCAUAGAGUGGGGGAUGUGAUGUGGGUGGUCAGGGCUGUGUUUCAUUGUGCUUUGCUUAAAAUUCAACAUGCUUUUAAUCACAGCCAGGGAUUUAUUUUUAUUUUUUAAAUAGUGCAUCAAAAUGUUGCCAUAGAAAUCACAAUAUGUAUACAAUGGCCCAUUUCAUUGCUUAUUUUAUAUGCACUGGAUGACCGUGCAGUAGAAAUGUACAUAAAUAAGUUAUUGUUUUUAUUUUUUAAAACUAGGAAUUUUUAAAAUACCAGUUCUACAAUGAUCAGCAUAAUCUCACUGCACUGAAGAAAUAGCUAUUUGCUGUUUAAAAAGAAUGAAAAAUAACAAUGUACAAGCCCUUAUCUUUGUGUUUGUUACCAGCGAGACACAUAGCUUAAGAGAUUUACAAUACAUGCAUAUAUUCGACUUCUUUGUCUGUGGUACUUUUAAGUUUGACUUUAAAAUAAUGAUUUCUGUUGUAAGUUGCCAAGUUUACAUAAACCCAGCAAGUAUUUCACAUGAAUGAAUGUUUGACAGAACAAUUAUUAAAUAUGUAAAUGUCAGUUGUUGACAGAAGCCUUAAGGCUUCACCAUCUUUCUUUUUUUCUUUUCUUGUGGUAUUAUUUGUGUAACUGGUUUUACAGUAAUAAAAAUUGGAAGUGAAAUAAAACAA